GACGGCAAACAGAUUAAGCUCCAGAUAUGGGACACUGCGAGUCAGGAGGCGUUCGGUUCGAUCACCCGUUCGUACUAUAGCGGCGGCGCCGGCGCUCUACUGGUCUACGAUAUUACCCGUAGGGUUACGUUCAACCAUUUGACCACGUGGUUAGGGGACGCGCGCAGCACUCGAACUCGAAUAUGGUGA